GGGCAUGCCAUCCGCCUCGCCCCGAUGUUUCACUGGGGAAAGUGGAAGAAGAGGAUGGGAGCCAGCGCCUCCUCCUCCAAGAGACCCGUCUUCGACGAGCGGGAGGACGUGAACUUUGACCACUUCCAGAUUCUCCGGGCGAUUGGGAAGGGCAGCUUUGGCAAGGUGUGCAUUGUGCAGAAGAGAGACACUGAGAAGAUGUACGCCAUGAAGUACAUGAACAAACAGCAGUGCAUCGAGAGGGACGAGGUGCGCAACGUGUUCAGAGAGCUGGAAAUCCUGCAGGAGAUCGAGCACGUCUUCCUGGUGAAUCUCUGGUACUCCUUCCAGGAUGAGGAGGACAUGUUCAUGGUGGUGGACUUGCUUCUGGGUGGUGAUCUGCGCUACCACCUGCAGCAAAACGUUCAGUUCACAGAAGAGACAGUCAGGCUGUACAUCUGUGAGAUGGCUCUGGCGCUCGACUACCUGCGGAGCCAGCACAUUAUCCACAGAGAUGUAAAACCAGACAACAUCCUUCUUGACGAGCAAGGUCAUGCACAUUUAACAGAUUUUAAUAUUGCAACAAUAAUUAGGGACGGUGAAAGAGCAACUGCAUUAGCUGGAACAAAGCCAUACAUGGCCCCGGAGAUUUUCCAUUCCUUCCUGAGCGGCGGGACAGGAUACUCCUUUGAGGUUGACUGGUGGUCUCUGGGCAUCAUGGCUUAUGAGCUGCUUCGGGGCUGGAGGCCGUAUGAUAUCCACUCCAACAACCCCGUGGAGUCUUUGGUUCAGCUCUUCAGCACUGUCAGCAUUCAGUACUCAUCUGCCUGGUCAAAAGACAUGGUUGCUAUGUUAAGAAAGCUGCUGACAGUGAACCCUGAGCAUCGCUUUUCCUGCCUGGCUGAUGUCCAGGCCUCUGCGUACCUGUCUGGCGUGGUCUGGAGUGACAUCUGUGAGAAGCGAGUGGAGCCAGGCUUCGUCCCCAAUAAGGGACGCCUGCACUGCGACCCCACCUUUGAGCUGGAGGAGAUGAUCCUGGAGUCCAGGCCCUUACACAAGAAAAAGAAGAGGCUUGCAAAGAACAAGUCGAGGGAUAACAGCAAGGACAGCUCACAGUCUGAAAAUGACUAUCUCCAAGAAUGCCUUGAAGCUAUCCAGCAAGACUUUGUCAUCUUUAACAGAGAGAAGCUAAAGAAGAGCCAGGAGCAGCCGAGUGAGUCCAUGUGUCCUCCCGAGGCCAGUGACGAAGCCGAGCUGGAAGCUGAGCCUGAGCCCGAGACCUCCAGCUUGAACAUGUGCAGCUCCGUCUGCUCGGCGGCAGGCAGCAGCUAGGCUGCAGCCCCUGGGCACGGCUUCCCAGCCUGCCACACACCCAUAACGCCUUCUCAGGUUCUGCUGAGCACCACGGGCUGUCCUCUGGCACCACCGAGGCCUGCCGAGCUGUAGCAAACCACGGUUCUUACAGAACUGCAUUCCUGGAGCCAGCCCAUCGCCCCUCGGGCACACUGCCUGCCUGCCCUGGGUAAAGGUUCUUGCUAUGCAACUUGGAGGAGGAGGUAGAUCAACUUCUUUACUUGUUCUUUUCUUAAUGUCAGGUUGCAGAUCUGCACAUGUUUUUAACACAGUAAGAUAAGAAAAGAAGUGACGUCCUUGGGCACAACAAGGAGCAGGUGUGGCGAGGGAGGAAAGCUGAGGAGGUGGUUUGAAUUUUCCUCUGCCAUUCCCUGUUGGUACAGGCUGCUGAAGGGACAAACAAUCCCUGGGUAGAUGGGAGCAGCCCUGGAGCCUCUCUGGACUGUGGCGGGUGGCAUCAGGCUCUGUGUCAGUCCUGCAGCAUAAGGACAUCCCAGCCACAUCCUUGUCUUCUUGUCACCUGUCAGAAUUUAUUUCCCAGCUUAGGGCAAGAAAAUGUUUUUUGUGCACUCCAUGGAUUCUCCUGGGCUGGGUAAUGAUUAAACACAUCAUGGAAAUGCAGAAUGUAUUUAAGAUUUUUGCUUUCAUCUGGCAUCUGCUCUGUGUGACAAGGAGCUGUGGAGCAGACCAAAGGUUUGGGUCUGUGUGCAGGGUGGAUGUGGCUUAUCACAGGCCCAGAUUUAUUGAAGGCGAAGUGGGUGGCCUUUCAGUACUGCUCAGUUAUGAAAGGGGAAUAUCUCAUUUCACCCUUUGAUUUACUUUAUUUUCAGU